CUUCUCUGAUGGCUACAUGAAGCCAGUGACAAAGACUUUAUUUCCCUUAAUGUUCUGCACUCUAUCAUUUUAUGUCAUAGUCUUAAUCUGUUACUAGCAAUACGAACUUGUAAGUAUGGGAUUUAACUCAUCAGAAUGCAGAGAAAGAUAAACGUAUAUAGUGGGCCUACGCCAUACCUAAUUAUUAUUGACAACUCAAGUUUUGUUUAUGAUGUCACUUGUUAUAUUUGUUCAGUCUAUCUCGCUCACAAAACGGCUCCAAAAUUGACCUGUUCAGGCUUAUAUUCAUAUUCGGUGGUGACGUAGUGGUGAUAUUGUUAUAUUUGUAGACAUAACAAGGACAAAGUUCGCAAUGAUCAACACAUCUGGAAGUAUGGUAUCAACGCGUUCAAGUUCAUUCAAUGGCUUGUACUUGCCUUGUGUAGAUGUCAUCGUAUUGAGAGUUUGUAGGGUCAUUUGUGCAUUCUAACUCAGACAUAAAGACUCAGUCAGCAUGUUCAGCAGCAAGCAGUGGAUCAUUUUGAUACAAAUUGCAGUUGGAACGUCCUUCGCCUUCUCUGCACGAUAUCUCUUUAAAGAGAAUUUCCUUUCCUUCUUUAGCUUCCCGCCAGAUCUAUCUGACGGUGAACGUUUCAAGUUUGCCUUCCGAUGUCUCGCCCUUUCAGCUGUCCCUCUCUUUGCCGCCGUUGGGAAAGUUGGCAAGGCGCGAUUCUCGAACAUGGAUACCCUCGGUGCGGAUCCUACAGCUCCCGUAGCGCCCUCUCAGAAGACCUUCAGGAUCGCCGAAAGGAUUCUUCAGAACACUCUUGAGCAGACGGUUCUUCACGUCCUGACGAUCUUGGCUCUCGCUUCGAGCGUCGACGUGGAUCAACUCUAUCUCAUCCCGUGCAUGGUUCUGAUAUUUUGCUUCGGUCGUCUAGCUUUCUUUGUCGGAUACGAUUACGAUCCUCUCUACCGAGGUGUGGGGUUUGCUACAACGUGGAUACCUACUGUAUUAGGGUUUUCAUUCGCUCUCUUCACCAUAUCAUCUCGCGCAUUCGAUCAUCAGAUGAAGUAAUUUCCAUCCCUGUCUCAUCAUCAUCCUGUUGACAAUCUGGAGAUUCGAUCAAUGCAUACCACAACAGUACGAUGUUGACACAUCAAAUAUUCAGUAUAUAUGUUUAGAUACGUUGUUGCUAUAAUCAUAUAUGCAGACACAUAUGUUCGAGGCCCUAUCGAAAAGCCUGACAGGUAUAACUUUUUGUACUACUAUACUGGAUAUC